AUGAAAGAAUCAUCAUUAGAAAACGAAUUAGAAGUUUUUUAUGAAUACAUUAUAUCUAUUGAACAUUUGUUAAUAAAUUUUAGUAAUUAUAUUAAAAGAAAAAAGACAGUUAAAAAAAUUAUUGAAAAAAAUGAACUAUUAAAUAGUUUUGUUCUAAAAUAUAUAAAUAAAAAUGUACCUACUAAAUUAUCACUUCAUAUGAAAUGUACGAAAAAUAAAAAAUUUUAUGAGUAUCUUUUUUUAUGUUCUUUUUAUCAUGUAAUUAUAAAUUAUAUAAUAUUUGAUCCUCUAUUUAAUUUACAAAAAAAUGAGGAAUGUGGAAAUGAAGAAAAUAAAAUAAUGAAUAAUACCAAAAAUGAAAAUGAUGAAUAUUUUGUAGAAAAGUAUUUAUCAUUCAACAAAAAAAUAGGAGUAGAAAAAGAAAGUAAUGUUAAAAGAGAAACAAAUAAAAUAAAUAUGCAAAAUAACAAUGAAUUUGAAUUAUCAGACAACACACAUACAUUUUUUGAUACAUUAAAGAGAAAAAAAAAAGAAGGAUUUUCAGCAAAUAUACUUGAUAUAACAGUAAAGGAAAGUAUAAAAUUUCAAAAAUUAAAUGAUGAAUAUUUUAUUCUGAGUUCUACCUAUGAACAAAUAUGUGAUAUCAUCUUUUCUUUUGGAAUUUUAUGUUAUAUAUAUGGCUUUUAUAAGUUUUUUAAGAUAGAAAAUAUUAAAAUUAGAAAAAAUAAAAAAUUUACAUAUAAUUUAUUUAGCUGGGUUUAUAGUAUAAAAUAUAAUGUACUAGAAAGCGUAAAGUUAAAUUCAAUUAGUAAGAGAAGCAAUUUCAAAGAAAAUGAAAAUGAUAAAAAUUACUUAUCUGAAAAGUUCUUUCAAGAAUUUACAAGUAGAGAAUUAAAAAAUUUUAAAAAGGAUGUAAAAGAAGAACAGUACAUAAAUAUGAAUAGAAAACAUUUUAGCAGUAAGAAUAUAAAGAAUAAUAAUGUUAGUAAUUUAAAUAAAGAAAAUGGUUACUAUAACAUGAACAGUAGUAACAAAAAUGAUAUAUCAUCAAAUAACUCAAAUAAAAACAAUAAUUUAAAUAAUAUUAAUUAUUUAAAUUAUACGAACCAUUACAUUAACUCAUGCGACAUAAAUUAUUUAAAUGAAAUUUUAUUAAAUAAUAAUUUUAAUAAUAGAAAUAUAUAUAGAUCGAAAAAUAAAAUAAAUAACUCAAAUGAAAAUAUGGAACAUUAUAAUUGCUCAUCAAAUUUAAAUUUUUCAUCAAAGGAAGAAAAAAAAUUGUUUUUUGAUGAUGAAAAAGAUGAGAAAGAUAAAAUUAAAAAAAAAAAUAUACAUAUGAAAAAUGAUGAAUAUUAUAAUUAUUAUUUGAAAUAUAUUUAUUUAAAUAAUUAUAAUAUUAAUAAGAAUGAUACUUUAGUUAAAAGUGGAAAUGUAAAUACUGAUUAUGAAUUUUAUAGUUAUAUGAUUUUAAAAAAAAUAGAAAUUGAAAAAAUAUUCUUAUUAUAUAAAGAACAAAAAAAAUCCAAAUUAUCAUUAGAAAAUUAUAUAACCAUUUAUGAUAAUAUUAUAAAUAUAGAGAAUAAGGAAAAUAGCAGGAGAAAUGGAAAAGAAAUAUGCGAUAUAAAUUAUAGUGAAGAAUAUAAGGAAAAUACUAAUGUUACAAUUAAUGAAAUAAAUUUUAAUAAUGCCAAUGUAAAAUAUGCAGAUGAUAUACAACCAAGCAAUAUUAAUAGUUAUAAUAAUUUUAAUGGAAAAAAAAAAGACAAAAAGAAAUAUGAGUUUAUAAAAAUACAUUUAGAUAAUUUAUAUCAAAAAAUGAAAAAUAUAAAAACUUCAAAAGUGUACAUUUGGAUAUAUUUAUAUGUAAAUUAUGCGUUUGAUUUUUUAUUUAAUAACAGCAGAAAAAAUUAUAGAAAAAUAAAUAAUUUUAAUUUAUGCUUUGAUGAAAGUCAGUAUGAAUAUAAUAACGAUAAUAUAAAUUGCAAUACUUCAAACAAUUAUUAUAAUAAUAUAAGUAAGAAUAACGAAAAUAAUAUAAGAAAAAAAAGAAUUUUAUUUAAUUUAUCAGGAUUUAUUGAAUUUAUUAAAAAAAAAAGUAAUUUCGAAAAAAAGCAUAUUAAAACUAAUUUAAAAAAUUAUAUUGAUAAUGAAUUAUUUAAUUUUAUAAAAAAGAGUGAUACUGAAGAUAAUGUUUUAGAUGAAAAGAAAAGUAAAAAUGAUAUAGAAUUUGAUGAAUAUCAUAUAAUAAGUCUUUAUCAAAAUAAUGAAAUAGAAAAAAUUAAUUACGAAAAUGUUAAUAAUGAUGAUAGUAAUAAAUAUAUCAAGGAAGGAUUAAUUAUUGAUAACGAUUUAAAUUAUAACGAAAUAAGAAUUGAUAGCAGUAUACAUAAUAAGAACAUAAACAAAAUUGAUAGUGUGGAUAAUUUCUUUGUAAAAAAAAAUGAAUAUGAUUUUGUAAAUAUUAAUAUAAAUUUAUUUGUAAAUAAUUAUAUAUAUAUGUUUGUAUCAUAUGUGUGUUUAAAUGCUAUUAAAUUAUCAAUUUUAUUAAUUGAAAAGUAUAAUCUAACUAUACCUAACAAAUAUAUGGAUAUAAGUUGUUAUAUUUAUAUUUGUCAAAAGAAUAAAUUAAAUUCUAACAUUUUAUUUUUUAUAAAUAAAUAUAAUAUUCAUCAUUAUGUAUUUUCUAAUGAUAUAGCUAAUAAGGAUAUUAAAGAAAAUUAUUAUAUAUAUAAAAAUAUUGAAUUCCAUAAUACAAAUAAUAAACAUAAUGAUGUUACUUUUUUAUUUAUGGGAGAUAUUAUAUCAAUUAAUCAUAUAAAAAAAAAAAGAUAUAAUAAAAGUUAUAAUAAUGCAUAUUCAAAUAAUUAUAAAAUUAAAAAUAACAUUAAUAUGACACAUCAAUAUCUAAGGGAUGAUAAUAAUAAGAUCCCUAAUGAAAUAAAAUAUAAUAAUAAUUAUAAAUUUUAUAAUCAUAAUUUAAAUAACUUAAAUAAUUUUUAUGUUAAUAAUAAUAAUUAUAAAAUGGAUAAUUGGUAUAAUAGCAGAAAAAACAAAAAUGAUGAUUAUUCCUUUAGUAAAAAAGAAUAUUUUGAUGAUAUUAAUAAUAACUGCUUACCUAAUCUUACAAUAUCCAAUAACUUUAGAAAUUGCUCAUAUAAUAAUGAAUAUUCUAAAUAUAAACAUAUGGAUAAUAAUUUUAUUCAUUUUGAAAGUAUAAAAGGAAAAGAUAUGAAUAUUAUAAAUUCUAUUAAAAGUUACAAUAAAGAAAGAAAACAAAAUAUAGUGUUUUCAAACUUCUCUGAAGAAAUAAAAAGAAAUAAAGAAUAUAAUAAUUUUAUCACUGGAAAUUAUUUUGAAAAAAAUAUGAAUAAUGUAAGAUAUCUUUAUGAAAAUGGGGAUAAUACACAUUAUGAAGGAAAAAAUCCAGAUAAUAUUAUAAAUAAAAAUCAUAUUAAUGUUUAUAACAAAAUGGGAACCCCCUACAGUGUUAAUAAUAUAGAUAAAAAUGAAGAGAAAUAUUAUAAUAAUAAAUACAAAAAAAUGGGCAAAGAAAAAAAAGAUUAUAUGCAUGGUUUUUACUAUAAAAAUAAUGAUGAAAUAGAACUUAGUGAUAUUAGCAAUGUCAUGAAUAGUAAUAAUAUUACUGAAAAAAAUAAUAAGGAAAUAAUUUUUGACACAAAUAAUAUUAAAAAUGUAAACUUUUUAAACAACCAUAUAUACCCACUUAAAUUAAAUGUUGUAUAUGAUUUAUAUUUAAAUGAUAUUUUAAUAAAUGAAGCAAAAAUUUCUAAUAUUAUAGACAAUUGUAAAGGCGACAAAACAUUAGAAUUAGAAUUAAUCAAACAGAAGAUAAUGAGUGGUAAUAUAAAAUAUGCAAUUAAAUUAAUAAGAAUAUUUAAUUAUGAAUUAUUACUAUUUCCUAAUUUAUUCUUUUAUUUAAAUUUUAAAUCGUAUAAUUAUAUUUUAAAUACUUUUGAUAAAAAAUAUCUUAUCUAUUAUUUGUAUGAUAAUCCGAAAUAUCUGAAAAUAUACUUUAGUUCAUUAAUAAAAAAGAAAAAUUUUGAAUAUUGUUUAAUAGCAUUAUAUUUCUUAUAUCCUUAUAUAUCAUCAGAAGAUUCAGAUUUUCAGACAUUUUGUCAUUUAUUUUUGAGAAAUAAGAAAUUUAAAAAAAUGAAUUAUAACACAUGUAAUAAAGGUUUUCAAACUCCUAAUGAAAACGAAUAUAUAGAGACUAAUAAAAAUGAUUCUUUGAUUAGUGAUAAUUAUAAUAAUUUAUGUUCAUUUAUAAAGAGAGAAUGUUUUAUCUUAAAUGAUAUAUAUUUUAUAUUUAAAAAUGAAAUAGAAUUUGAUGGUUUAAGAAGAUUAUAUAAAUUAUCUGAUUUAUGUAAAUAUUUUGAUAUUUUUAAAAAUUUAAAAAAAAUAAACCUAGAUAUUAUAAGAAAUUCUUUUCACUAUUUAACUGAAAUAAAUGGCACUUGUUCUUGUCAAAAAAAAUAUAUUUGCAUAAAAGAUUUAGGUUCUUCCUUAAAAGAUGUUGUUAUAAUAGAAACAUAUGAUGAUUUUAUAUUAUUAUAUGAAAAUAUCAGAAAAACUGAAAAAGUCAUAUUUAUUGAUGCGGAGUGGAAAUGUGCUAUAUUUCGAGAAAAUCCAAUAAUUUCUAUUUUUCAAAUUGCACUAAAAAAUAAUUGUUUAUCUUAUAUUGUUGAUGUGAAAAAAAUAUCUAUUGAAAAUUAUGAAAUUAAUUAUUACAUUUCUGAACUUUUCAGAGAUGAAAGUAUUAUAAAAAUUGGUGUUGCAUUUUUAAAUAAUGAUAUGUUAUAUUUUAGAAAAUACUAUGAUAUUUUAACUAUGUUAAUAUAUGAAAAAUAUGAAAAUAUAUUAAUUGAAGAAAAUACAAUAGAAAAUGAUGAAAAUAAUUAUAAUAAUUUAAUUAAGUAUAGAAUGGAAAUGAAUAAUACGAAUAAUUAUGAUAUAUUUUUAAAAAAAAUUAUGAGAAAUAUUUAUGAAUAUGCUAAUGGCAACUGUUUUAAUGAUAAUAAAAAUUGUCAUUUCAGUAAAAAUAAUUUUCAUCCAAAUGAUAAAAAAAAAGAACAUCAAAUAGACAAAAAAUUUAAUUUGAAUGAAGAUAUAAGUUUUAAAAAUAUAUUUCCUGUUAAUUAUUUCUUGAAAAAUAAAAAAAAUGUUGCAUUAAUUAAGAAGCUCUUAACAACGAAAUGUAGUUCUUGUAAUAAAAUAGGUAUAUAUAGUUGUAUACAUAAAUAUUAUAAUUUAGAAUUUAUAUGCAAUAAAUACUAUGAUGAUCUAAAUAAACAUUUUCCAUUUCUUAAAAAAAAUAUGAAUUAUUCAGUUAAAAUUAUCGGUAAAUCAUUGUUUCCUGAAAAGGAAGUUAAUAAGGAGUGUCAAUUAAUUAACUGGAACUUUAGGCCUCUUUCUUCAAUUAGUGUUGAAUAUGCCAUUUUAGAUGUUCUUAUUUUGAAAAAUUUUUUUAAUUUAAUUCAAACCAAAUUAUCAUUUAAUAUUGAAAAUGCUUUAUAA